AUGCCCGAUCUUGUAAACACCAUGUCAAAUCUUUUGCUUAAGCUUCCUUUCUCCAGGAGGAUGGAGAUCGAGGCUGAUUACAUAGGGUUGUUGUUAAUGGCUUCAGCUGGGUAUGACCCGCGGGUCGCACCAAAGGUAUUUGAGAAGUUGGGUCAAGUUUCGGGUGAUUCGGCAUUGCGAGAUUACCUUUCUACCCAUCCAUCUGGAAAGAGGAGAAGCAAAUUGUUAUCUGAGGCAAGUGUAAUGCACGAAGCGGUUGCCAUAUAUCGAGAGGCCAUAGCAGGUAGAGAGGUUGAUGGUUUUUUCCUAUAGCUAAUGGUAUUCUAUUCAAACCAAAAACCAUCACUCGUAAAUUUGUAAUAACAGAUGUUGUAAUUGAUAGAAAACUAAUAGAAACAAGAAUAAAUGGGAGGCUACUUUUUUCCGUUUAUUGUUGGAGGAAAAAACUCAAUGAAAUACGUAGUAGAGAA